AUGCAUACCAAAACACGGGAGAAGACCACAUCUGUGUUGACUACAACAACAGCUGACCAGACCACAAAUGUGAUGAAUACCACCACAGCUCACCAGGCCACAGCUGUGAUCGAUACUACAACAAGCAACCAAGCCACAACUGUAAGACAUACCACAACAGCUGGCCAGACCACAACUGUGAUAGAUACCACAACAGGGGACAAAACCAAAAAAAUGAUAGAUAUCACAACAGCUGAACACACCACAACUGUGAUGAAUACUACAACAGUUGACCAGACCACAUCUGUAAUGCCUACUACUGCAGGUAACAGGACCACGACUACGAUGGACCCCUCAGCAGGUGACCAGGCCACAACUGUGAUGGAUACCAAAACAGAUAACCAAACUGCAAAUGUUAUGGAUAACACAACAGCUGACAAGAACACAUCUGUAAUGACUACCAGUGCAGGUGUCAGGACAACGACUGCAAUGGAUGCCACUACACUUGACCAAACAACAAAUAUAAUGGAUACCACAACAGCUGACUUGAACACAUCUGUAAUGGCUACCAGUGCUGGUGUCAGGACCACGACUGCAACAGAUGCCACAACAGGGGAGAAGACCGCAUCUGUGAUGGAUACCACAACAGCUGACCAGAACACAUCUCUAAUGGCUACCAGUGCAGGUGACAGGACCACGACUGUAAUAGACGCCACAACAGGGGAGAAAACGACAUCUGUAAUGGAUACCACAACAGCUGACCAGACUACAACCAUUAUGGAUGCCACCACAGCUGGCCAGACCACAACUGUAAUACCUACCACAACAGGCAACCAAUCCACAACUGUGAUAGAUACCACAACAGUUGGCAACAACACAACUCUGAUCGAUACAACAACUGCCAAACAAAGCACAACUGUCAUUCAUACCACAACAGCAGGUCAUACCACAACUAUGAUAGGUAACACAACACCUAAACAGACCACUCCAACGAUGGAUACCACAACAGUACACACAACCACAUCUGCAAUGGACACCAUAACAGGUAACCAGGCCAAGACUGUGAUAAAUACCACAACAGCAAGCCAAACCACAACUGUAAUAGAUACCACAACAGCAGGCCAGAUCACAUCUGUGAUAGGUAACACAACACCUGAACAGACCACUCUUAUGAUGGAUACCACAACAGUAGACAAAACCACAUCUGCAAUGGAUACCAUAACAGGCAACCAAAGCACGACUGUGAUACAUACCACAACAGCUGGUCAAACCGCAACUGUGAUGGAUACCACAUCAGGUGACCAGGCCACAUUUGUAGUAGCUACUACUGCAAGUGACAGAACCACGACUAUAAUGGAUCCUACAGCAGGUGACCAGGCCACAACUAUGAAAGAUACCACAACAGGUGACCUGGUCACAACUGUAAAAGAUACAACAACAGGUGACAAGGCCACAACAGUGAUAAAUACCACAACAGUUGACAGAACCACAUCUAGGAUCAAUACCACAACAGGUAAAAAUUCUACGACUGUGAUACACACCACAACAGCUGGCCAGAACACAAAUGUAAUACCUACCACAACAGAUGACAGGACCACCUCUGUAAUGGAUACCACAACAUGGGAGAAGACCACAUCUGCAAUGGAUACCAAAACAGCUGACCAGACCACAAAUAUGAUGGAUGUCACCACAUCUGGCCAGACCACAACUGUAAUCGAUACCACAACAGGCAACCAAACCACAACAACUGGCCAGACCACAAUUGUAAUACCUGCCACAACAGAUGAGAGGACUACCACUGUAAUGCAUGCCAAAACACGGAAGACCACAUCUGUGAUGACUACAACAACAGCUGACCAGACCACAAAUGUGAUGAAUACCACCACAGCUGACCAGGACACAGCUGUGAUCAAUACUACAACAUGCAACCAAACCACAACUGUAAUACAUAUCACAACAGCUGGCCAGACCACAACUGUGAUAGACACCACAACAGCUGAUCAAACCAAAACAAUGAUAGAUAUCACAACAGCUGGACAGACCACAACUCUGAUAAAUGCACCAACACGUGACCAGACCACAUCUGUAAUGCCUACUACUGCAGGUAACAGGACCACGACUACGAUGGACCCCUCAGCAGAUGACCAGGACACAACUGUGAUGGAUACCAAAACAGAUAACCAAACUGCAAAUGUUAUGGAUAACACAACAGCUGACCAGAACACAUCUGUAAUGGCUACCAGUGCAGGUGUCAGGACCACGACUGCAAUGGAUGCCACAACACUUGACCAAACCACAAAUAUGAUGGAUAACACAACAGCUGACCUGAACACAUCUGUAAUGGUUACCAGUGCAGGUGACAGGACCACGACUGCAACAGAUGCCACAACAGGGGAGAAGACAGCAUUUGUGAUGGAUACCAUAACAGCUGACCAGAACACAUCUGUAAUGGCUACCAGUGCAGGUGACAAAACCACGACUGUAAAACAUGCCACAACAGGGGAGAAAACGACAUCUGUAAUGGACACCACAACAGCUGACCAGACCACAACCAUUAUGGAUGCCACCACAGCUGACCAGACCACAACUGCAAUACCUACCACAACAGGCAACCAAACCACAACUGUGAUAGAUACAACAACAGCUGGCAACACCACAACUCUGAUCGAUACAACAACUGCCAAACAAAGCACAACUGUCAUUCAUACCACAACAGCAGGUCAUGCCACAACUAUGAUAGGUAACACAACACCUGAACAGACCACUCCAAUGAUGGAUACCACAACAGUACACAAAACCACAUCUGCAAUGGACACCAUAACAGGUAACCAAACCAAGACUGUGAAAAAUACCACAACAGCAGGCCAAACCACAACUGUAAUAGAUACAACAACAGCAGGCCAGAUCACAUCUGUGAUAGGUAACACAACACCUGAACAGACCACUCUAAUGAUAGAUACCACAACAGUAGAAAAAACCACAUCUGCAAUGGAUACCAUAACAGGCAACAAAAGCACGACUGUGAUACAUACCACAACAGCUGGUCAAACCGCAACUGUGAUGGAUACCACAUCUUUGAUGGAUACCAAAACAGAUAACCAAACUGCAAAUGUUAUGGAUAACACAACAGCUGACCAGAACACAUCUGUAAUGGCUACCAGUGCAGGUGUCAGGACCACGACUGCAAUGGAUGCCACAACACUUGACCAAACCACAAAUAUGAUGGAUAACACAACAGCUGACCUGAACACAUCUGUAAUGGUUACCAGUGCAGGUGACAGGACCACGACUGCAACAGAUGCCACAACAGGGGAGAAGACAGCAUUUGUGAUGGAUACCAUAACAGCUGACCAGAACACAUCUGUAAUGGCUACCAGUGCAGGUGACAAAACCACGACUGUAAAACAUGCCACAACAGGGGAGAAAACGACAUCUGUAAUGGACACCACAACAGCUGACCAGACCACAACCAUUAUGGAUGCCACCACAGCUGACCAGACCACAACUGCAAUACCUACCACAACAGGCAACCAAACCACAACUGUGAUAGAUACAACAACAGCUGGCAACACCACAACUCUGAUCGAUACAACAACUGCCAAACAAAGCACAACUGUCAUUCAUACCACAACAGCAGGUCAUGCCACAACUAUGAUAGGUAACACAACACCUGAACAGACCACUCCAAUGAUGGAUACCACAACAGUACACAAAACCACAUCUGCAAUGGACACCAUAACAGGUAACCAAACCAAGACUGUGAAAAAUACCACAACAGCAGGCCAAACCACAACUGUAAUAGAUACAACAACAGCAGGCCAGAUCACAUCUGUGAUAGGUAACACAACACCUGAACAGACCACUCUAAUGAUAGAUACCACAACAGUAGAAAAAACCACAUCUGCAAUGGAUACCAUAACAGGCAACAAAAGCACGACUGUGAUACAUACCACAACAGCUGGUCAAACCGCAACUGUGAUGGAUACCACAUCAGGUGACCAGGCCACAUCUAUAGUAGCUACUACUGCAAGUGACAGAACCACGACUAUGAUGGAUCCUACAGCAGGUGACCAGGCCACAACUAUGAUAGAUACCACAACAGGUGACCAGGUCACAGCUGUAAUAGAUACAACAACAGGUGACCAGGCCACAACAGUGAUAAAUACCAAAACAGUUGACACAACCACAUCUAGGUUCUAUACCACAACAGGUAACAAUACCACAACUGUGAUAGACACCAAAACACCUGGCCAGACCAAAACUGUCAGACCUACCACAACAUAUGACAGGACCACCACUGUAAUUGAUAUCAUAACUGUAAUAGAUAACACAACACCUCAACAGACCACUCCAAUCAUGGAUAUUACAACAGUAGACAAAACAACAUCUGUAAUCGAUACCAUAGCAGGUGACCAGGCCACAACAGUGAUGAAUACCACAACAGGGGAGAACACAACAUCUGUAACCACAGCAAGUGACAAGACUACAACCGUGAUGGAUGCCACAACAGGUGACCUGGUCACCAAUGUAAUGGAUACCACAAUAGGUGACCAGGCCACAACAGUGAUGAAUACCACAACAGUUGACAGAACCACAUCUAAGAUCGAUACCACAACAGGUAAAAAUUCUACGACUGUGAUACACACCACAACAGCUGGCCAGAACACAAAUGUAAUACCUACCACAACAGAUGACAGGACCACCUCUGUAAUGGAUACCACAACAUGGGAGAAGGCCACAUCUGCAAUGGAUACCACAACAGCUGACCAGACCACAAAUAUGAUGGAUUCCACCACAGCUGGCCAGGCCACAAAUGUAAUCGAUACCACAACAGGCAACCAAACCACAACAACUGGCCAGACCACAAUUGUAAUACCUGCCACAACAGAUGAGAGGACCACCACUGUAAUGCAUACCAAAACACAGACCACAUCUGUGUUGACUACAACAACAGCUGACCAGACCACAAAUGUGAUGAAUACCACCACAGCUGACCAGGCCACAGCUGUGAUCGAUACUACAACAGGCAACCAAACCACAACAGGGAACCAAACCAAAACAAUGAUAGAUAUCACAACAGCUGGACAGACCACAACUGUAAUAAAUGCACCAACAGGUGACCAGACCACAUCUGUAAUGGCUACUACUGCAGGUAACAGGACCACGACUACGAUGGACCCCUCAACAGGUGACCAGGACACAACUGUGAUGGAUACCAAAAUAGAUAACCAAACCGCAAAUGUGAUGAAUAACACAACAGCUGACCAGAACACAUCUGUAAUAGAUACCACAACAGCUGGCCAGACCACAACUGUGAUAGAUAACACAACACCUGAAGAGACAAUUCCAAUGAUCGAUACCAAAACAGCAGACAAAACCACAUCUGUAAUGGAAACCAGUGCAGGUAACCAAGCCACAACUGUGAUAGAUACCACAAUAGCUGGCCAAACCACAACUGUAAUAGAUACCACAUCAGGGGACCAGAUCACAUCUGUAAGGCCCACCACAAAAGAUGACCAGACCAGAUCUGUAAUGCCUACGACAACAGAUGACCAGACUACAUCUGUCAUGGCUACCACAGAUGGAGACAAGACCACAAUCAUCAUGGAUGACACAACAGGUGACCAGGUCACCACACUAAUAGAUACCACACCAGGUGAGCAGGCCACAACAGUGAUAAAUACCACAACAGUUGACAAAACCACAUCUAGGAUCGAUACCACAACAGGUAACAAUACCACGACUCUGAUACACACCACAACAGCUGGCCAGACGACAACUGUAAUACCUGCCACAACCAAUGACAAAACCACCACUGUAAUGGAUACCACAACAGGGAAGAAGACCACAUCUGUGAUGACUACAACAGCUGACCAGACCACAACCAUUAUGGAUGCCACCACAGCUGAUCAGGCCACAACUGUAACCGAUACCACAACAGGCAACCAAAUUACAACUGUAAUAAAUACCACAACAGCUGGCCAGACAACAACUGUGAUUGAUACCACAAUAGGCAACCAAACCACAUCUGUAAUGGCUACCACAACAGCAGGCCAGACAUCAACUGUGAUAGGUAACACAACACCUGAACAGACCACUCCAACGAUGGAUACCACAGCAGUAGACAACACCACAUCUGUAAUGGAAACCAUAACAGGUAACCAAGCCACGACUGUGAUAGAUACAUCAGAUGGCCAGACGACAUCUGUAAUGACUACCACAACCGAUGAACAGACCACAUCUGUAAUGUCUACCACAACAGAUGACCAGACCACAUCUGUAAUGGCUACAAGUGCAGGUGACUCCACCACGACUAUUACAGAUGCCACAACAGCUGACCAGGCCACAACUGUAAUGGAUACCACAGCAGAUGACCAAGCCACAUCUGUAAUGCCUAUUACAACAGAUGAACAAACCACAUCUGUAAUGGAUACCCCAACAGCUGACCAGACCACAAAUGUCAUGGAUGUCACAACAGCUAAACAAACCAUGACAGCGAUGGAUGCCACCACAGCUGAUCAGUCCACAACUGUGAUCGAUACCACAACAGUUCACAAAGCAAAAUCUGUGAUGGAUACCACAACAGGUGGACAGACCACAACUGUGACAGAUACCACAACAGCUGGCCAGACAACAACUAAGAUCGACACCACAACAGUCAACCAAACCACAACUGUAAUACAUACCACAAUAGCUGGCCAGACAACAACUGUGAUAGGUAACACAAUACCUAAACAUUCCACUCCAAUGAUGAAUACUACAACAGUAGACAAAACCACACCUGUAAUGAAUACCAUAACAGGUAACCAAACCAAGUUGGUGAUCAAUACCACAACAGCAGGCCAAACCUCAACUGUAAUAGAUACCACAACGGCUGGCCAGACCACAACUGUGAUAGAUAACACAACACCUGAAGAGACAACUCCAAUGAUCGAUACCAAAACAGCAGACAAAACCACAUCUGUAAUGGAAACCAGUGCAGGUAACCAAGCCACAACUGUGAUAGAUACCACAAUAGCUGGCCAAACCACAACAGUAAUAUAUACCACAUCAGGGGAGCAGAUCACAUCUGUAAGGCCCACCACAAAAGAUGACCAGACCAGAUCUGUAAUGCCUACGACAACAGAUGACCAGACUACAUCUGUCAUGGCUACCACAGAUGGAGACAAGACCACAAUCAUCAUGGAUGCCACAACAGGUGACCAGGUCACCACUCUAAUAGAUACCACACCAGGUGACCAGGCCACAACAGUGAUAAAUACCACAACAGUUGACAAAACCACAUCUAGGAUCGAUACCACAACAGGUAACAAUACCACGACUCUGAUACACACCACAACAGCUGGCCAGACGACAACUGUAAUACCUGCCACAACCAAUGACAAAACCACAUCUGUAAUGGAUACCACAACAGGGAAUAAGACCACAUCUGUGAUGACUACAACAGCUGACCAAACCACAACCAUUAUUGAUGCCACAACAGCUGAUCAGGCCACAACUGUAACCGAUACAACAACAGGCAACCAAAUUACAACUGUAAUAAAUACCACAACAGCUGGCCAGACAACAACUGUGAUUGAUGCCACAAAAGGCAACCAAACCACAUCUGUAAUGGCUACCACAAAAGCAGGCCAGACAUCAACUGUGAUAGGUAACACAACACCUGAACAGACCACUCCAACGAUGGAUACCACAGCAGUAGACAACACCACAUCUGUAAUGGAAACCAUAACAGGUAACCAAGCCACGACUGUGAUAGAUACAACAUCAGGUGGCCAGACGACAUCUGUAAUGUCUACCACAACAGAUGACCAGACCACAUCUGUAAUGGCUACAAAUGCAGGUGACUCCACCACGACUAUUACAGAUGCCAUAACAGCUGACCAGGCCACAACUGUAAUGGAUACCACAGCAGAUGACCAAACCACAUCUGUAAUGGCUAUUACAACAGAUGAACAAACCACAUCUGUAAUGGAUACCACAACAGCAGGCCAGACAACAACUGUGAUAGGUAACACAACACCUGAACAGACCACUCCAACGAUGGAUACCACCACAGUAGACAACACCACAUCUGUAAUGGAAAGCAUAACAGCUGACCAGACCACAACCAUUAUGGAUGCCACCAGAGCUUCCCAGGCCAAAACUGUAAUCGAUACCACAACAGGCAACCAAACCAUAACUGUAAUAUAUACCACAACAGCUGGCCAGACAACAACUGUGAUCGGUACCACAACAGGCAACCAAACCACAUCUUUAAUGGCUACCACAACAGCAGGCCAGACAUCAACUGUGAUAGGUAACACAACACCUGAACAGACCACUCCAACGAUGGAUACCACAGCAGUAGACAACACCACAUCUGUAAUGGAAACCAUAACAGGUAACCAAGCCACGACUGUGAUAGAUACAACAUCAGGUGGCCAGACGACAUCUGUAAUGACUACCACAACCGAUGAACAGACCGCAUCUGUAAUGUCUACCACAACAGAUGACCAGACCACAUCUGUAAUGGCUACAAGUGCAGGUGACUCCACCACGACUAUUACAGAUGCCACAACAGCUGACCAGGCCACAACUGUAAUGGAUACCACAGCAGAUGACCAAACCACAUCUGUAAUGGCUAUUACAACAGAUGAACAAACCACAUCUGUAAUGGAUACCACAACAGCUGACCAGACCACAAAUGUCAUGGAUGCCACAACAGCUAAACAAACCAUGACAGCGAUGGAUGCCACCACAGCUGAUCAGUCCACAACUGUGACAGAUACCACAACAGCUGGCCAGACAACAACUAAGAUCGACACCACAACAAUCAACCAAACCACGACUGUAAUACAUACCACAACAGCAGGCCAGACAACAACUGUGACAGGUAACACAAUACCUAAACAUUCCACUCCAAUGAUGGAUACCACAACAGUAGACAAAACUACACCUGUAAUGCAUACCAUAACAGGUAACCAGUCCAUGACUGUAACAGAUACCACAACAGCUGGCCAAAACACAACUGUGAUGGAUACAACAUCAGGUGACCAGACCACAUCUGUAAUGGCGACCAUUGCAGAUGACAAGACCACGACUAUGAAGGAUCUCACAACAAGUGAACAGGCCACAAAUGUGAUGGACACCACAACAGAUGACCAGGCCACAUCUAUAAUGGCAACAGAUGACCAAACCACAUCUGUAAUGUCUACCACACCAGAUGACCAGACCACAUCUGUAAUGGCUACCAGUGCAUGUAAUAGGACCACGACUAUAAUGAAUGCCACAACAGAUGACCAGGUCACAACUGUAAUAUAUACCACAACAGGAGACCAGGCCACAACAGUGAUAAAUACCGCAACAGUUGACAAAACCACAUUUAGAAUCGAUAUCACAGCAGGUAACAAUUCAACGACUGUGAUACACACCACAACACCUGGCCAGACUACAACUGUAAUACCUGCCACAACAGAUGACAGGACCACCACUGUAAUGGAUACCACAACAGGGGAGAAGACCACAUCUGUGAUGGAUACCACAGCUGACCAGACCACAACCAUGAUGGAUGCCACCACAGCUGACCAGGCAACAACUGUAAUGGCUACCACAACAGCUGGCCAGACAACAACUGUGAUAGGUAAAACAACACCUGAACAGACCACUCCAAUGAUGGAUACCACAACAGUAGACAAAACCAAAUCUGUAAUGGAAACCAUAACAGGUAACCAAGCCACGACUGUGACAGAUACCACAACAGCUGGCCAAACCUCAUCUGUAACAGAUACCACAACAGCUGACCAGACUACAACUGUGAUAUAUAUUACAACAAAUGAUCAGGCCACAACUGUAAUGGAUACCCCAACACGUGACAAGACCACAACAGUGCUGGAUACCACAACAGGUCAUAAGACCACAUCUGUAAUAGAUACCACAACAGCUGACCAGACUACAACUGUGAUAUAUAUUACAACAAAUGAUCAGGCCACAACUGCAAUGGAUACCCCAACACGUGACAAGACCACAACAGUGCUGGAUGCCACAACAGGUCAUAAGACCACAUCUGUAAUAGAUACCACAACAGCUGACCAGACUACAACUGUAAUGGAUACCAUAACAGGUGACCAGACCACAACUGUAAUGUCUACUUUAAGCCUUGAUAUGUCCACAACAGUCAUGGAUACCACAAGAAGUAGGCAAUUUUCAACGGGAAUGGAUACCAAAACACCUGAUCAGUUCACAACAGUGGGUGAUACGGAAACACCUGGGUGA